AUGGAUAUCGGCGCCAUCACCCAAUGCAUUGCAAAUCCAACAGUCCAACAAACCAUCUUCGAUAGACUGCUCGGCAACGCGACGGCAGUUGCGGCGGUAUGGUCGGAUCCCGCGGUGCUCGCUGGGUUGAUGGCCAAUCCAGUCGUUCGAGCCGCUGUUGCGAGGGAUGUCUCGGUGCAGGCAGCUGUUUUGGGUAGCCCGACCGUGAAGGCGGGGAUAGCGGCGAGAUAUGGUGGACCAGGGAUCAUGUUUGGCAUAAGUCUCAUGUUCGCCGUCACCGUAAUGGAUUGCGGGGUGGGAAUUUGGGGAAAGACAUUAUUCAUGCCACUGAAGACUUCCCCGGCGGGUUCUUCCCAUAGGGUGCACCCACCAAGUUAUGUCCUGGAGCACCAGGUGGAGUACGUCAGAUUCCUGGUCAUCGUCCCGGAGAUUAGGGACGUGCUGCUUGUGGUGGCGGCCGCCUAUAGAUACGCAGCCGUCUACUCAAACCCCAGACAUCAACGAGCCGUCUUAAUCUUCCAAUCUGUCAUCGCCGUAGUUUCCACCAUCGCCGCUCUGGCAUAUGGCAUUCACGACAUUGCAACUCAAAUCCACGUCAGCAAAGGGUUCUGGUGGGUGGCGAUCGUCAACCCGCUCAUCUACAUCGUAGCGGGCCUGGCUACAUUCACAUACAAGUUGCGCGUGGCGCAGCAGAGUGUGAGUUCGUCCGCAGCCCCGUCGCAGCUGGCGCAUUUGGAGAUGGCGAAUAAUGCGUUGAUGGCAAUGUCCAUGUCUGCUUUGAUAGCGGCUAUAGUGGUUCACUUUAACGUCCCAUCGACUGGAGAGAACAUCACAGACCCGAAACAAACCAAACCUGCUGCGUUCCCUGCAGUUGCCGAUCACCACUUUGUUGUACCGACUCAAAUGAUGAUUUGUGCUCUCUGGACGCUGGGGGAAAACGGUUUCGAAGCGCUAGCCGCGGGAAGUAAGAAACUCGGGGACUCCAAGGAAGUGGCGACCCCCAGUUUUGUGGAUACCCAAUGGGAUCAAAAGGGGGCGAAGACCGGGAGGGCGGGGAGUGUGUUGGAUGUAAGGAAGAAGAGGGAUGAUGUUUGA